CGAGGGGGUAGGGCGCGCGCGGGGGCGCGCCGGGCCGGGGAGGCGCGCUCCGGCCGCGCUCGCUCCGCGCUCCCUUCGCUCGCUCGUUCCCUCCUCCCUCGGCAGCCGCGGCGGCAGCAGGAGAAGGCGGCGGCGGCGGCUGGGGAUCAGACAUGGCGGCGGAUCUGAACCUGGAGUGGAUCUCCCUGCCCCGGUCCUGGACUUACGGGAUCACCAGGGGCGGCCGAGUCUUCUUCAUCAACGAGGAGGCCAAGAGCACCACCUGGCUGCACCCCGUCACCGGCGAGGCGGUGGUCACCGGACACCGGCGGCAGAGCACAGAUUUGCCUACUGGCUGGGAAGAAGCAUAUACUUUUGAAGGUGCAAGAUACUAUAUAAACCAUAAUGAAAGGAAAGUGACCUGCAAACAUCCAGUCACAGGACAACCAUCACAGGACAAUUGUAUUUUUGUAGUGAAUGAACAGACUGUUGCAACCAUGACAUCUGAAGAAAAGAAGGAACGACCAAUAAGUAUGAUAAAUGAAGCUUCUAACUAUAACGUGACUUCAGAUUAUGCAGUGCAUCCAAUGAGCCCUGUAGGCAGAACUUCACGAGCUUCAAAAAAAGUUCAUAAUUUUGGAAAGAGGUCAAAUUCAAUUAAAAGGAAUCCUAAUGCACCGGUUGUCAGACGAGGUUGGCUUUAUAAACAGGACAGUACUGGCAUGAAAUUGUGGAAGAAACGCUGGUUUGUGCUUUCUGACCUUUGCCUCUUUUAUUAUAGAGAUGAGAAAGAAGAGGGUAUCCUGGGAAGCAUACUGUUACCUAGUUUUCAAAUAGCUUUGCUUACCUCUGAAGAUCACAUUAAUCGCAAAUAUGCUUUUAAGGCAGCCCAUCCAAACAUGCGGACCUAUUAUUUCUGCACUGAUACAGGAAAGGAAAUGGAGUUGUGGAUGAAAGCCAUGUUAGAUGCUGCCCUAGUACAGACAGAACCUGUGAAAAGAGUGGACAAGAUUACAUCUGAAAAUGCACCAACUAAAGAAACCAAUAACAUUCCCAACCAUAGAGUGCUAAUUAAACCAGAGAUCCAAAACAAUCAAAAAAACAAGGAAAUGAGCAAAAUUGAAGAAAAAAAGGCAUUAGAAGCUGAAAAAUACGGAUUUCAGAAGGAUGGUCAAGAUAGACCCUUAACAAAAAUUAAUAGUGUAAAGCUGAAUUCUCUGCCAUCUGAAUAUGAGAGUGGGUCAGCAUGCCCUGCUCAGACUGCACACUACAGACCAAUCAACUUGAGUAGUUCAGAGAACAAAAUAGUCAAUGUUAGCCUGGCAGAUCUUAGAGGUGGAAAUCGCCCCAAUACAGGGCCCUUAUACACAGAGGCUGAUCGAGUCAUACAGAGAACAAAUUCAAUGCAGCAGUUGGAACAGUGGAUUAAAAUCCAGAAGGGAAGGGGUCAUGAAGAAGAAACCAGGGGAGUAAUUUCUUACCAAACAUUACCAAGAAAUAUGCCAAGUCACAGAGCCCAGAUUAUGGCCCGCUACCCUGAAGGUUAUAGAACACUCCCAAGAAACAGCAAGACAAGGCCUGAAAGUAUCUGCAGUGUAACCCCUUCUACUCAUGACAAGACAUUAGGACCCGGAGCGGAGGAGAAACGGAGGUCCAUGAGAGAUGACACAAUGUGGCAGCUCUACGAAUGGCAGCAGCGUCAGUUUUAUAACAAACAGAGCACCCUCCCUCGACACAGUACUUUGAGUAGUCCCAAAACCAUGGUAAAUAUUUCUGACCAGACAAUGCACUCUAUUCCCACAUCACCUUCCCACGGGUCAAUAGCUGCUUAUCAGGGAUACUCCCCUCAACGAACUUACAGAUCAGAAGUGUCUUCACCAAUUCAGAGAGGAGAUGUGACAAUAGACCGCAGACACAGGGCCCAUCACCCUAAGCAUGUCUAUGUGCCUGACAGAAGGUCAGUGCCAGCUGGCCUGACUUUACAGUCUGUUAGUCCCCAGAGCCUCCAAGGGAAAACGCUGUCACAAGAUGAAGGUAGAGGCACAUUAUACAAAUACAGACCUGAAGAAGUAGAUAUUGAUGCCAAGUUAAGCCGAUUAUGUGAACAAGAUAAAGUGGUGCAUGCUCUGGAAGAGAAACUUCAGCAACUCCACAAGGAGAAAUACACGCUUGAGCAAGCUUUGCUAUCAGCCAGCCAAGAGAUAGAAAUGCAUGCAGAUAACCCAGCAGCCAUUCAGACAGUGGUGUUACAAAGGGAUGAUUUACAAAAUGGACUGCUUAGUACGUGUCGAGAACUUUCUCGAGCCACUGCCGAAUUGGAACGAGCAUGGAGAGAAUAUGAUAAGUUAGAAUACGAUGUAACUGUUACCAGGAACCAGAUGCAAGAGCAGCUGGAUCACCUUGGUGAAGUUCAGACGGAAUCAGCAGGAAUUCAGCGUGCACAGAUUCAGAAAGAACUUUGGCGAAUUCAAGAUGUCAUGGAAGGGCUGAGUAAACAUAAGCAGCAAAGAGGUACUACAGAAAUAGGUAUGAUAGGAUCAAAGCCUUUCUCAACAGUUAAGUACAAAAAUGAGGAAGAGGAAGUAGUCCCACCUCGUCCUCCACUUCCUCGGUCCUAUGACUUUACAGAGCAGCCUCCCAUAAUCCCCCCUCUGCCCAGUGAUAGCAGCUCCUUGCUCUGUUAUAGCAGGGGCCCAGUUCAUCUGCCUGAAGAAAAGAAGAUGUAUCAAGUUCAAGGAUAUCCAAGAAAUGGAUCUCACUGUGGUCCAGAUUAUAGACUCUACAAGAGUGAACCAGAGUUAACAACAGUGGCAGAAGUUGAUGAAUCUAAUGGAGAAGAAAAAUCAGAACCUGUUUCAGAGAUAGAAACUUCAGUUGUUAAAGGUUCCCACUUUCCUGUUGGAGUAGUCCCUCCAAGAGCAAAAUCACCAACACCCGAAUCUUCAACAAUAGCUUCCUAUGUAACCUUGAGGAAAACUAAGAAGAUGAUGGAUCUAAGAACGGAAAGACCAAGAAGUGCAGUGGAGCAGCUCUGUUUGGCUGAAAGUACUCGACCUAGGAUGACUGUGGAAGAGCAAAUGGAAAGAAUAAGAAGACAUCAACAAGCGUGCCUGAGGGAGAAGAAAAAAGGAUUAAAUGUUAUUGGUGCUUCAGACCAGUCACCCUUACAAAGCCCUUCAAAUUUAAGGGAUAAUCCAUUUAGGACUACUCAGACUCGAAGGAGGGAUGAUAAUGUUAAGGAACUGGACACUGUCAUUAGAGAAAAUGAUGUAAAGCCAGACCAUGAAACUCCUGCAGCAGAAAUUGUUCAACUAAAAGAAACCGAACCCCAAAAUGUGGACUUCAGCAAAGAGUUAAAAAAAACUGAAAACAUUGCAUAUGAAAUGCUUUUUGAACCUGAGCCAAAUGGAGUAAAUUCUGUGGAAAUGAUGGAUAAAGAAAGAAACAAAGAAAAAAUGCCUGAGGAUGUUACAUUCAGCCCUCAAGAUGAAACACAGAUCACAAAUCAUAAACCAGAAGAGCAUCCUGAAGAAAAUACAAAGAACAGUGUUGACGAACAGGAAGAAACUGUUAUUUCUUACGAAUCAACUCCUGAGGUUUCUAGAGGAAAUCAAACAAUGGCAGUGAAAAGUCUGUCCCCAUCUCCUGAGUCCUCGGCAUCGCCAGUUCCAUCCACUCAGCCGCAGCUCACAGAAGGAUCACAUUUCAUGUGUGUGUAGUCUCAGAAGAAAGAUGUCACCCAUGCUGGAGUGUAGUGGCAUAAUCACAGCUCACUGCAGCCUUGACCUCCUGGGCUCAAGCAGUCGUCCUGCCUCAGCUUCACAAGUAGCUGGGAUCACAAGUGCACGCCACCACACCCGGCUGAUAUUUUGAUUUUCUUGUAGAGACAGUCUUACUAAGUUGUCCACGCUGGUCUCAAACUCCUGAACUCAAGCUACUCCUGAACACUGCAUGAGCCACUGUGCCUAGCCUCUUUGAUUUUUACAUUCUCAAAAUAUUCCUUUUAUUUUCUUUCCUUUUUUUUUUUUUUUUUUUCCCCGAGACAAGGUCUUACUCUGUCACCCAGGCUGGAGUGCAGUGGUGCACGAUCAUGGCUCAAUGGCUCACUGCAGACUGACCUCCCAGGCUCAGGCAAUCCUCCCACCUCAGCCCCCUGAGUAGCUGGGACUACAGGUGUAUGCCACCAUGCCAGGCUAAUUGUUUUGCAGAGAUGGAGUUUUCACCAUGUUGCCCAGGCUGGUCUCGAGCUCCUGAGCUCAAGUGAUCUGUCCGCCUCAGCCUCCCAAAGUGUUGAGAUUACAGGUGUGAGCCACCACACCCAGCCUUUUUUUCUUUCUUUUCAAGUAUUUUUUAAAUUUCACUAGCUUUGGGUACAAGUGGUUUGGGGUUACAUGGAAGAAUUGUAUAGUGGUGAAGUCUGAGAUUUUAGUGCACCCAUUACCCGAGUAGUGUAUGUUGUACCCAAUCCUUCACCGACCUUCCACCCUCUCCCUUCUGAGUCUCCAAAGUCCAUUAUACCACACUGUAUGCCUUUGCAUACCCAUAGUGUAGCUCCAGCUUAUAAGUGAGAACAUAUGAUACUUGGUUUUCCUUUCCUGACUUACUUUACUUAGAAUAAUAGCCUCCAGCUCCAUCCAAGUUGCUGCAAAAUACAUUAUUUUGUUGCUUUUUAUUGCUGAGUAGUAUUCCAUGGUGUAUGUAAACCACAUUUUCUUUAUCCACUCCUUGGUUGGUGGACACUUAGGUUGGUUCCAUACCCUUGGAAUUGCAAAUUGUGCUGCUAUAAACAUGCAUGUGCGUGUAUCUUUUUCACGUAAUGACUUGUUUUCUUUUGGGUAGAUACCCAGUAGUGGGAUUACUGGAUCAAAUGGUGGAUCUACUUUUAGUUCUUUAAGGAAUCUCCACACUGUUUUCCAUAGUGGUUGUACUAGUUUACAUUUCUACCAGCAGUGUAGAAGUGUUUCCCUCUCACCACAUCCAUACCAACAUCU